CUAAAAACGUUCUUCAAGGCAACGAAGUGAGAAUAAAAAGAGAAGUUAUUAUUAUCAGAAAAGAAAAAGAGAUCUGGCGGAGAAGGAAACCAAAAUCUCAAACGAGCAAACUUGGCUCCUUCCUUGGGAUCGAAAACCCUAAAAACAAAUUGCCUGGAUUGGUGAACAGCCUUUCUCGAGAUCUCCCCAUAUAUCUACUCCAUAUUUGCGCCAGGAUCUGUCCCCCUGGUACCAUCAUAACAUCGGCAAUUUCGAAAUUGGCAUGUGGUAAGGGGAUUCAAUUGUAUUAAAAAAAACAAGGGAUUGGUUACAAUGGCAUCAGCUCAGGUUAAGCGGAGGCAAGAGGCUGGACGGCGUAAGCUUGAGGAGUUCCGAAAGCAAAAAGCAGAACGAGAGAAAAAGAAUAAUACCGCACAACCUGUUGAUAACACCGUCGCAGAUUCAGAUGGAGAAGUUGUUGUUGCAUCUAUCUCUAACGGACCUCUCAGCCAAUCUGCUGAAACCUCCUCCUUCAACCAAACCCAAUCCAAAUCCAAAUCCAAAUCCUACGAUGGAAGCAGCAAAGAGAGAAGCAAGAGAGAUGAGUCAGUUGGCACAUCUAGUAGCUUAGAGUUGAGAGGUUCCUCUAAUGACUUUACGGUGAACAAUAGAGAGAAGCAAUCCAGUGGAGAUUUCAAUCGUGCCUCUACUCUAACAGAAAGUGCAUCUCCAAGCAGUUUGUUAUCAACCUCGACGCAAAUGCAUGGCAGUGGAUUAAUCUCAUCAAGAAAAGACUCUCUACAACCUACUACCAGGAUGGCAGAGUCUACUCACCAAAGUGGUGAACUUAGAAGAGGAGGUAGCAGCAUCUUGCAGAAGCCAACUUUGUCUAACAGUUAUUUGUUUAGUUCUCCGGACACAUCAUCUCGACCUUCUGAAUCUUCGGAUGAUUACGGUGCAACCUCUUACUCUGCUAAAAAUGAAGCAACUGUGAAGAGGAAUCGUCCAUCUUUCCUUGAUUCCCUUAAUAUUUCAAGAGCUUCCGAGACUCAGUAUCAACACCCUGAGAUUCAUGAAACAUCAAGUGGUUCCCAUUUAACUGUCGGUGAUGAGUCAGGACCAUCUUCACUCCAGUAUAUAUCAGGAAAGAGCGACAGUAACGGUCCGUCAUCUGAUUCUCCUUAUCCAUAUGACAAUUUCAGGAGUCCUUCGUUUCCUGUUGCCAAUGGAGUAAUGCCAGGUUUCACUGAUUACUCCAUCCCAAAGCAAAAUGAUGAUUUUAGUUCUCUGGAACAGCAUAUUGAGGAUUUAACGCAAGAAAAGUUUUCACUGCAAAGGGAUCUUGAUGCUUCACGUGCUUUGGCAGAAUCCUUAGCAUCUGAAAAUUCUUCGAUGACAGACACUUAUAACCAGCAGCGAAGUAUUGUCAACCAACUAAAAGAUGAUAUGGAGAAGCUAAAUCAACAGAUUCAAGCACAAAUGGUUAGUAUCCUGUUAGUUACCCAUACUCAACAAAUCCCAGUUGUAUAUGCCCUAGCAAUAUAGUAAAGCAUGAUAUUAUACGCUGUAGAUAUUGUCUAAGAUUAAGCAGGAUGUUUACAUGUAGGCAUUCCAGUUAUCAGAUUGCUUGAUGGUUACGUAUGUGACUCAAAAUUUG